CCCCACCCUCUCACCCUAGACAGACGGGAGCCUCCUGGGGUGUCCACGUGAGCGCGCGUGAGCCCGCCCCCCCCCAGUCACGUGAUCGCUGACUCCCGGCGUUCUCCACUACGGCUUACCUACCUCCCUUGCCCGGAACCCGGCGAUAUGGCUGCCGCUGUGUCCCGCGCCGCGUCUCUCUCCCAGCUGCUUCCCCUUCUCCUGGGCUUCCUGCUCCUCUCCGCUCCGCAUGGCGGCAGCGGCCUGCACACUAAGGGCGCCCUUCCCCUGGAUACGGUCACUUUCUACAAGGUCAUUACCAAAAGCAAGUUCGUCUUGGUGAAGUUCGACACCCAGUACCCCUACGGUGAGAAGCAGGAUGAGUUCAAGCGUCUUGCUGAAAACUCGGCUUCCAGCGAUGAUCUCUUGGUGGCAGAGGUGGGGAUCUCAGAUUAUGGUGACAAACUGAACAUGGAACUGAGUGAGAAAUACAAGCUGGACAAAGAGAGCUACCCAGUCUUCUACCUCUUCCGGGAUGGGGACUUUGAGAACCCAGUCCCAUACACUGGGGCAGUUAAGGUUGGAGCCAUCCAGCGCUGGCUGAAGGGGCAAGGGGUCUACCUAGGUAUGCCUGGUUGCCUGCCUGUAUACGACACUCUCGCCGGGGAGUUCAUCAGGGCCUCUGGUGUGGAGGGCCGCCAGGCCCUCUUGAAGCGGGGGCAGGACAACCUCUCAAGUGUGAAGGAGACUGAGAAGAAGUGGGCUGAGCAAUACCUGAAGAUCAUGGGGAAGAUCUUAGACCAAGGGGAGGACUUCCCAGCAUCAGAGAUGACACGGAUUGCCAGGCUGAUUGAGAAGAACAAGAUGAGUGAUGGGAAGAAGGAGGAGCUCCAGAAGAGCUUAAACAUCCUGACUGCCUUCCAGAAGAAGGGGGCUGAGAAAGAGGAGCUUUAAAAGGCUGUCUGUGGUUUUCCAGGGUUUGGUGGGGGUAGGGAGGGGAGAGUUAACCUGCUGGCUGUGGUCCCUUGUGGAAUAUAAGGGGGUAGUGGGAAAAGUGGUACUAACCCACGAUUCUGAGCCCUGAGUAUGCCUGGACAUUGAUGCUGAUGUGACCAUGCUUGGGAUGUCUCUAGCUGGUCUGGGGAUAGCUGGAGCGCUUACUCAGGUGGCUGGUGAAAUGACCCCUCAGAAGGAAUUAGUGCUGUAGAGGAGAGAGGAGUAUACCGCCCAGGUCUUUGACAGGUGUAAUUCUCAUUCAAUUAAAGUUUCAGUGUUUUGGUUAAGUGGA